UAUGAUUAGGUAUUGAUGCCUAACACAAAUGUGAUGCAUGCUUCUUCUUUUUUUAUGCUCACAAUUAUUUGGUUAACUCCAAUCUCAUUACAUAUAUUAUUUUCAUAUUGUGAAGGAAAUGAAGAUGUCAACCUCUGACCAUCAUCAUUCGAGCUUUAUUGACCCGGUCCCGACCACCAGCCAGGUUGGACAGAGUCCAGAUAGUUCAGCACCGACUCCUGAGGGUGGUAUUCAUAAUAGACGAUUUCGAGGCCCUACAGUCAUCAGCGAGGUGGCGAACUUGCCACCCAAUAAGCAGCUGAAUAUUAGUUGGAAUAAGUAUGGGCAGCCCAUUGGACAUAAGUACAAUGAAUUUACAAGGUGGCUGGGCAUUUUAUCUAGGAAUGGGCACUUAGUGCCUCUUGAUCACGAUAGUUGGCAUCAUGUGCCGCUAUCUAACAAGAACGAGAUUUGGAAUGAAGUGAAGAUCAAAUGGAAUAUCGACGAGGAGUGUCGAAAUUGGGUAAUGAAGUCCAUCAGAGCUUCAUGGAAGGAGUGGAAGAAGAGCUUAAAAAAAGAACACUACAACUGAUAUUUGACUAAUGAGGAACGACUAGCUCACUGUCCUGAUUGAGUGGAGCCAACACACUGGAAGUGGCUCGUCACCUAUUGGUCAAGUGAUGAAGGACAGGCCCGCACUCAAAGGAAUAAAAUCAACCACAGCAAGCAUCGUAUGGCCCACACUGCCGGCUCAAGGAGAUUUGCUCAAGUGCGUGAAGAAGAGGUAAAUUCUUCUUUGAUUUCUAAACUUGAAAUGCCAUCAUUCUACUAUAAUAUGAUUGUUACCAACUCAUUUGUUUUUACAUGGAAAAAGCGG